AUGACUGUUGCUGUUCCGGGCGAAAGUGCUAGAGAGAAAGCACUAAGUUACUACAGACGUAAACUUGUGGAACAUAGAGGAAUAGAUGCAAGGCUCAAGGAAGCUCGAGAAAAAUCCAAAGCGAUUUCGAAAGAGUACGACAAAGCAGAGAAUGAUUUGAAAGCGCUCCAAAGUGUUGGUCAGAUAGUAGGUGAUGUUUUGAAGCAGCUGACUGAUGAUCACUUCAUUGUUAAAGCUAGUAAUGGGCCGCGAUAUGUUGUUGGCUGUCGACGCAGUUUACAAAGCAGUAAAUUAAAGCCAGGCACUAGAGUUGCAUUGGACAUGACCACAUUGACAAUUAUGCGCCAAUUACCACGCGAAGUCGACCCACUAGUCCAUAAUAUGUCUGCAGAAGACCCAGGUUCUGUAUCUUAUGCUUCCGUUGGUGGUCUGGCUGAUCAAAUUCGUGAACUCAGAGAAGUAAUUGAACUCCCGCUUAUGAAUCCAGAAUUGUUCCAUAGAGUUGGUAUAACCCCUCCCAAAGGAUGCCUUCUUUAUGGUCCACCGGGGACUGGGAAAACUCUUCUAGCACGUGCUGUAGCAUCACAACUUGAUGUUAACUUUCUAAAGGUUGUAUCCAGUGGUAUUGUUGACAAGUAUAUUGGCGAGUCAGCUCGUCUUAUUCGAGAAAUGUUCAAUUAUGCACGAGAUCAUCAACCCUGCAUUAUUUUUAUGGAUGAGAUUGAUGCAAUCGGCGGUCGUCGUUUCACUGAAGGUACAAGUGCUGAUCGUGAAAUUCAACGUACUUUAAUGGAAUUAUUAAAUCAGAUGGAUGGUUUUGAUGCACUUGGUCAGGUUAAAAUGAUCAUGGCAACUAAUCGUCCGGAUACCCUUGACCCAGCUCUACUUAGACCUGGACGUUUAGAUCGUAAAAUUGAAAUUCCUCUGCCUAAUGAACAAGCUCGAAUGGAUGUACUAAAGAUACAUGCAGCUCCAAUAGCCAAACAUGGUGAAAUAGAUUGGGAAGCAGUUGUUAAACUAUCUGAUGGAUUCAAUGGAGCUGAUCUACGUAACGUUUGCACAGAAGCUGGUAUGUUUGCUAUACGUGCAGAGCGAGAUUAUACAAUAGAUGAGGACUUUAUGAAAGCUGUACGAAAAAUAGCCGAUGCUAAGAAAUUAGAAACAAAAUUAGACUAUAAACCAGUCUAA